AUGCCUCGCCAGUCUCUGCCGCCAGUCUCUGCCGCCAGUCUCUGCCGCCAGUCUCUGCCGCCAGUCUCUGCCUCCAGUCUCUGCCUCCAGUCUCUGCCUCCAGUCUCUGCCUCCAGUCUCUGCCUCCAGUCUCUGCCUCCAGUCUCUGCCUCCAGUCUCUGCCUCCAGUCUCUGCCUCCAGUCUCUGCCUCCAGUCCCUGCCUCCAGUCCCUGCCUCCAGUCCCUGCCUCCAGUCCCCCUGAGCUGUGUCAGACUCCUCACGUUUCCAUGUAA